AUGGAGAGCGUGACAAAUUUUUCUGUAUCCUUAAUAAAGGGAUUUAUAGAUAGCCUGCGUGGUGUAACUGUGCUUUUAUACCUUGAUAAAGAAAUAAACGAGCGAGCCCUUAGUCGUUCACCACAAAAAGAUUCUGAAAACACCAAACAUAAACAGAAACACACGAAAGUCAAACAGGAAUCAAAAGUACUUACAAGGGUCUUACAAUCAUGUAUAUUAAAUGGUUUUAUAUUUCUGCUGAGCAUUCUCGUUUUCGAGUAUGCUUUGUUGCCAGCAGUUAGGUACUUAGUUUUGGCUGUGUUUGGCCACGAUCCUGGUGUGGCAAGGAACGUAUGGUCAUGGAUGCAGCCCUUCCUCUCAAUGACAUUCAGGAUGAUAUGGGUGCUACCACUCUUCUUAUUGAGCAAACUUGUCAAUAGCUUGUGGUUUCAGGACAUUGCGGACUCCGCGUAUAGGCACCGUCGCGGUCGGCCUCAGUUUAUGUCCAGCGUCAGCAAAAUCAUUGCCGACUCGCUGUUCAGUUUGCUGGUGCAAGCGUUAUUUCUAGUACAGAGUAUGCUGGUCAGCAUGCUCCCCAUAGCGUACGUGGGCGACCUGCUGUGCCUGGUGCACAUGUGCCUGCUGUACUCGCUGUACUCGUUCGAGUACAAGUGGUUCAACAUGGGCUGGGAGCUGCACAAGCGGCUGACCUUCAUAGAGACCAACUGGCCCUACUUCCUCGGCUUCGGUCUACCGCUGGCCGUGCUGACGCAGAUACCGCACUCCUACAUCAUCAGCGGUUGCGUAUUCUCCAUAUUCUUCCCGGUGUUCAUUUUGAGCGGGAACGAGGCGACACCGGUCAUAGGAAGCGAAUAUCCCCUGAGGCUGUUCUCGCCCGUGGUGGCCAUCUCCAACGGGAUGUUCCGCUUCGCCAGGAGAACCGCCGACACCGAUCGGCACAGC